GUUCUUGGAGUCGGACGUCUUUGUUACGGACCAUGGACUCGGUGCGUCCCGGUCCUGUCGACUGAGUCCAGCUCCGGUCGGGUUGCGACAUGCUGCAGCCGGGAAACGACACCCGUGGGUGGGCCGGAGUGUCCGAGUCCAACGGGUCCGAUGCGUCAGAGGAUGGUCCCGGUCCGGAAGCGGUGGUCGUCCCGGUCUUGUUCGGGCUGAUCUUCGCGGUGGGCCUGGUGGGCAACACGCUGGUCCUGCUGGUCACGGGCAGGGUGUCGCGCGCACGAACGGGUUCCGUGGGGUUGCGGCCCGGAAACCCCACCAACAUCUUCAUCAGCAACCUGAGCGUGGCCGACCUGCUCUUCCUGCUGCUCUGCGUGCCUUUCCACGCCACCAUCUACUCGCUGCCCCACUGGGUGUUCGGGGGCUUCGUCUGCAGGUUCGGACACUUCUUCGCGUCCGUCAGCGUGCUCGUCAGCAUCUUCACGCUGGUCGCCAUGUCCGUGGACCGCUACGUGGCCGUGGUGCGCUCGGAGCGCGCCCGCGGCGUCCGGAACCGCAGGAACGCGCUGGUGGGCGUCGGCGUCAUCUGGACCGCGUCUCUGGUGUGCUCGCUGCCGGUGGCCCAGCACCAGGUCCUCGCCGAGCACCCCAGCGCGCCCAACAGCACCUUCUGCUGGGAGCGCUGGUCCGGACGGAGCCGGCACGCCUACAAGGUCUCCAUGGUCCUGGUGGGCUUCGUGGUCCCGCUCCUGCUCAUCAGCUGCUGCUACAUCAGGGUUCUUUGUCAUCUUCACAAAAAGAUGAAGACCAUGUCCAAGAAGUCUGAGCACGCCAAGCAAAAGACGACACAGACGGUGCUCCUGGUCAUCGCCGCCUUCGCCAUCUGCUGGAUCCCCCAUCAUGUGAUCACCAUGUGGGCGGAGUUUGGCACUUUCCCGCUGACGGACGCCUCCUUCGCCUUUCGCAUCGUGUCCCACUGCCUGUCCUACGCCCACUCCUGCGUCAACCCCGUCCUCUACGCCUUCCUGUCGGAGAAGUUCCGCCAGGCCUGCGGGCAGGUGUUCACCUGGCGCUUGGGGAGUCCGGCGGCCCCCAGAGGCUCGGGGGCGCGCUGCCGCACGGACCACCCUUCCAGCACGCACUCCACCACCAACAUAUGAAGGAAGGACUAACUCUACUGGGAUUGGCUUGCAGUGGUCAUGUGACAACAAAUGGACAGGAGCAACAAAAUAUUCCAAUUUCAAAGACGUUCAAGCAAACAUCAAGAAAUGGACUUGUUCACAAUUCAGCUGCUUUUUGGGGGGU